AUGUCCACCCCCACCCCCCUCAAAGUCCUCUAUGCCGUACAUCCGGAUCUCGACACCCUCGACUUCACCGGGCCCCUGGAGAUCCUCAGUCAUGCAACGCAUCCCUCCUCCUCCUCCGCACCAACACCAGCCUUCACACACACCAUCACCUCCAUCACGCCCCUCACAACCACACACCAAGGUCUCACCUUCCAGCGGGACAUCCCCAUGGCCCUCGCGCACUCGACACUCGCCUCCUACGAUAUCCUGGUUAUCCCCGGAGGUGGCUCUCCCGGCGUGCUGGAAGGGAAAACCGAACCGCUGGAUCUAAUUGAAGCUUUUGCCGCCUUGCCAAAGAAAGAGGACGGGAGUGUGCGGGUCCUGUUGAGUGUCUGCACGGGGAGCUUAUUCCUUGCUGAGGCGGGGGUAUUGGAUGGAAUGACGGCAACGACACAUCCGAGGUACUAUGGGCAGUUGAGGGAGAUUGUUAAAGUUAAGGGAGAGGGAAAGACGAAGGUUGUUGAGGAGAGGUUUGUGGUUAAUAGGACGGAUGUGGGAGCGGGUCUGAGGAUUAUCACGGCGGGAGGUGUGAGUUCGGGGAUCGAUGCUGCCCUUUGGUUGGUUGGGGAUGUGGUUGGGGAGGACGUGAGGGAGAAGAUUGCGGAGAUUGUGCAGCAUGCGCAUAGGAGUGGUGUUGUGCUGUGA